GGCUACCCAAGACCCACAGCAGAGGAGGCCUGCAGCAGGAGGAGACCGAGAAGAGGCACAGAGCAGAAGGCCUCUUUCGUUGGGCCCCAAGGAUGUCAGACCUGGAAAAAGCCAUGGUGGCCCUCAUCGAUGUCUUCCAUCAAUAUUCCGGGAGGGAGGGCGACAAGCACAAGCUGAAGAAGUCAGAACUGAAAGAGCUCAUCAACCAUGAGCUCUCCCACUUCUUAGAGGAAAUCAAAGAGCAGGAGGUUGUGGAUAAAGUCAUGGAAACACUGGACAAUGACGGAGAUGGGGAAUGUGACUUCCAGGAAUUUAUGGCCUUCGUUGCUAUGGUUACCACUGCCUGCCACGAGUUCUUUGAACAUGAGUGAGAUUGAGAAAGCAGCCAAGUUCUUCCUGUGACAGAGAUGAAGGUCAUGCAAGAAGCAGAGAACAAGGGCUUGCAGUCUAGUAGGAGCUGUGCUUUCUAGCCGCAUUGUAGCUAAUUAGGGGGCUUGAUUUGCUUUGUGAUUGAAAAAUUGAAAACCUCUUUCCAUGGGCUGUUUUAAACAGUCUGUAUCAUUAUUUCAGCUAUACUGGGGAAAUGUGUCAGCUGACUGUCCCAGGGACUCAGUAAUAAUCACUUAGGACAGUCAAUUCUCAGUCGUUAAGAAUGUGCUGUAUAGACUGCCAUGGCUGUGUAGAAUCCUAACCCAGGAAGAACAAAACUGACUACCACAAAUUACUCUGUGGCACCCUUAAGGCUCCCACUACAUUUAAAAACAAAGCCUUGUCCACCAUCAUUUGAAAGGACCACCCCUCCUUGAAUGUGUUUCUUAUCAGUGUAAAUAAACCUAGUUAGAUGGUCUUUGCCGUCCCACCUGCCCAAAAGAGUAUGACCACAUUUGGAUCCCUUUCCCUAUGAUGAGCUGUGAUUAGUGAGUAAAUAUUUAAGGCUAGUAGUUCUCAGUGGAAAAACAUGCCUCAGAAACCAAGUACUGACAUUGUAAUUCUAACUAGAACUGAGAGUGAGGAUUUUAAAAUUGGUAGAGUUCCCCUUCUGAUAGGAUGACACUACUGGAUCUGGGGUAAGCAUGUCCAGACGAGAGUGGCCAGACUCAGAACAGGGUUCAUAACUGGGCUUAGGCUCUGUCUCUUCAGCUAAUUAUGCCAAAAACAACUUCACCACCCUCCUCUCUUGUCUGUGAAACCAAAGAUGCCCAGUCGGUCAGACAUAUCACAGCUGACCCAGAGCCUCUGGGCAUUGCCUCUUCUUGGGUGGGUCACCUGACUUGUCUGUGCUGAGGAUCUCCUCAUUGAAGGUGGGUCACCCUGAUCUGUCUGAUCUGGGGGGGUUCUGCUUCCUAGGGGUGGGUCACCCCAACAUAUAUGAGCUGGGGGAUUCUGCUUGCUGUAGAUGGGUCACCCUGACUUGUCUGAGCUGGGAGUCCGCUUGCCAUGGGUGGGUCACUCCAACCUGUCCAUGCUGGUGGUCUGCUGACUGCAGGUGGUCACCUGGCCUGUGCUCGCUGUGGGUGGGUCACCUCAAUCUGUCUGAGCUGGGGGGGUCUGCUUGCUGUGGGUGGCUCAUCCUGACCUAUCCAUGCUGGGGGUCUCCUCACUGGGGGCACUUCAAGUGAAAGCUGAACUCUGUGCUUUCGUAUUCACAUAUUCAAAUAAAUCAAAUUUCAAGUAUUCAAGUUA